GCACCCCCUCAUCCCCUGCCCUGUUACAUUCGAGUUAAUUGCAAUUUGCACCCGAUAGUGCAUGCGAGAUUAUAUUAAUUAGAUGGGAUUCGAAAGCAUUUCGGCGAAGCUGGAUGAUCUUAUACAGAAGGCUGGUGGCUGCGCCGUCGUGGACGGCGGUUUCGCCACGCAGCUGGAGAUUCACGGGGCCGCCAUUAAUGACCCUUUGUGGAGUGCUCUUUGCUUGAUCAAAGAACCUCAUCUCAUCAAACAGGUUCACAUGGAAUAUUUAGAAGCUGGUGCAGAUAUAUUGGUAACCUCUUCGUAUCAGGCAACUCUUCCAGGAUUUAUAGCCAGGGGAAUUUCUGCUAAGGAAGCAGAGCUGCUGCUGGAAAAGAGUGUAAACCUCGCGGUCCAAGCUCGUAACAAAUUCUGGGAUACUGUGAAAGAUGCACCAGCUCGCAGUUAUUACCGGGCUUUGGUUGCAGCUUCUGUUGGGAGCUAUGGUGCUUAUCUAGCUGAUGGCUCGGAGUACAGUGGAAAUUACGGCCCUGAUGUGAAUUUGGAAAAGUUGAAGGAUUUCCAUAGGCGCAGGUUGCAAGUUCUGGUAAAUGCAGGUCCAGAUUUGAUUGCCUUUGAAACCAUCCCUAAUAAACUAGAAGCUCAGGCCUGUGUUGAGUUGCUUGAGGAAGAAAAUGUCAACAUUCCAUCAUGGAUUUGUUUCAGCUCUGUGGACGGAGUAAAUGCUCCUUCAGGAGAGAGCUUCCAGGAGUGUCUUGAGGUAUUAAACAAGAGUGACAAAGUGGCUGCAGUUGGGAUCAACUGUGCACCUCCACAUUUUGUUCAGAGUCUCAUUCAGACAUUCAAAAAGGUAACUGAUAAAGUCAUAAUUGUUUAUCCGAAUAGUGGUGAAAUAUGGGAUGGCAUUGCUAAGAAAUGGAUGCCUUCAAAAUGCUUUGAUGAUGACAACUUUCAAGCUUAUGCUGUGAGAUGGCGGGAUGCAGGAGCUAAACUGAUUGGUGGUUGCUGUCGAACCACACCCUCGACAAUCAGAUCCAUCUCCAAAGUGUUGAAAGAAAAACAUUAAUAUCAUAUUGUAACUCAACUUUCUCAAUUCUUUGGUUGUUUCAUGCUGGCAUUAACUUAAGAGAUUCAAUUUGAAGAAGGCUGUCCGCAAAAUUUUGUAGACUUUUUGUUUUAGAAAGGCAUUACUUGAUUAUUUUUGCUAUAUUUAUAAUUCAAGAAAGAAUAAAAAGAAUUGAUUCA